AAAUUGAUCGUUUUAAUGCAUGGAUAAAAAUUUUGAAAAUGGGUAAAACUGUGACCGCUACGAUGAGAGUAUGUUCAUUACAUUUUGUCGCAGAAGAUUUUAUUCCAUCGAGUUGUAAAAUGCGCAGAUUAAAAAAAACAUCAGUCCCAUCAGUAAACCUGCCGACUCUUUCAACUGACACAUCAUUGAACACUUCGAAAGUUAAAUAAAAUUCUCUUCGAUUGAAAAGAUUACAGGAUCGAACUACGAAAAAAGAACAUAACUUGAAAAAUAUUGGUCAAGAUACUUAUGAUGAUAAUUUUUAUUUCUCCGACUUUUCAAAAUUGAACGAAGACACUGUCCAAUUGACGAACAUGGAAAAUGAAAAUACUCAAUCUCCAAUCUCAUCAAGCGAUGAAAAUUCUUGUUCCCAAUCUAAAGAUGCUACAACUCAAUUUCCAGAGGUCCAAAUCGAUAAGGAGUUUCGGGAUAUGAGCAUACAGGUUUCAACAGGAUCACUAACUCCAAAAUUUACAUCUUUAAUUACAACUGAGUAUGAAUUGAGCACAAUGACAGGAAUACCUGACUUUGCUUUACUGAAAUCAAUAAAAAAGUUAGUUGAUAAAAAAACAUCAUCCGCCUACGUGAACUCCAAAUUUGAUAAUCAAGAGAUUAUUGUCAUGACAUUUAUGAAACUGAGACAAAAUAUGUCGUAUGCAGUAUUAUCAGUUUUAUUUAAAAUUUGUACUCAUGAGACUUGUCGAAUAAGAAUUCUAGACAUGAUUGAUAUUUUGUAUUUAUGUUUGAAAAACGUCAUUUAUUGGCCAAGUAAAGAUAAUAUUUCAAGAAAUCUACCGCUAUGCUUUAAAAAUUUUACGAAUGUGCGAACUGUCGUCGACUGUAUUGAAAUUCCAACACAAAAAUUUAAAAACUUAUGUUGCCAAUUAAAUACUUAUUCUUAUUAUAAAAGUGGUUAUACGCUAGAGUUUAUGACAGCUGUCACACCAGCAGGAAUCAUCUCAUUUAUCAGCAAGCCGUAUGGUGGUCGAUCUUCCGAUAAUGCUAUUUUUGAACAAAGUGAAAUCUUAAAAAUGAUGGAUAAAAAUGACGACUUGAUGGCUGAUCGAGGAUUCACAGUUGGUGAUCUGUGUAAAAAAUAUGAUGUUAAUCUAAUUACACCUCCAUUCCUGAAACAAAAAAAAAACAAUUUUCAAAAGCAGAAGCUCAGAUGGGGCGAUUAAUAGCUAAAGCCCGAGUUCACAUUGAAAGAAGUAACCAACGUCUUAAAAAUUUCGAGAUAUUAUCUUCCAAAAUGCCUGUAGGUCUCAUUUUUAAAUCAAUGGAAAUAUUUACUAUUAUUUGUGCUAUUGUAAAUUUAAG